GAGCAGAGGCCAGGCCAAGACUGGAGGAGAGCUGCUGGCCAGGACUGCUGGAGCUGGGGAGCCCAGAGGCUCUGAACCCCACUGUGGUUGGUGGAGAAGACCAUGUCCAGGAGCCGCUGACCCCGGGCUGCCAGCCCAGCGCCAUGUCGACAGGCCAGCAGGGGUGGCGCUCGGUGGUGCCAGCCCCCUGCCGGCGCGGUUCCACGGCCUCGUCGCCCAGAUCGCCCAGCACGCCUGGCUCAGAGAAGGUGGCCUCCCCGCUGGAGUGCUCCAUCUGCUUCUCGGGCUACGACAACAUCUUCAAGACGCCCAAGGAGCUGUCCUGCACCCACGUCUUCUGCCUGGAGUGCCUGGCCCGGCUGGCGGCUGCCCAGCCCGCAGGCUCCGGCAGCGAGGCUGUGCCUUGCCCAUUCUGCCGGAAGCCCACAGCCGUGCCCGCCGCUGGGGCCCCUGCGCUGCGUACCAGCCGCCAGCUGCAGGCCAGGAUGCCCGCACACCUGCAGCGGGAGGAGCCGGUGUGGCUGGAGGGCACCAAGCUGUGCUGCCGCCCGCUGUCUGCCACGCCCGGCCGUGAGGCACCCGGCUUUGUGUGUGUGGACGUGGGCCUGAGCAAGCCCGCCGAGCCUGCCCCACCUGCGCCUGCCCCCGACCUGGCCCCACGGUGGAGCCGCCUGGCCCGCUGCUGGGCACGCUGCAGGGACUGGCGGCGCCUGGCCUUGGUCUCCGUCCUGCUGCUGGUGCUGUUCUGCGUGGUGCUCUGGCCUGUGCAGUGUGCGCUCAAGACUGGGAACCUGCGCUGCCUCCCCCCACGGCCCACUGCCUCCAGCACUGCCGCCGCCUUCUCCCUCGAGCCCCUGGCCAACAACUAGGGUCACCAGCCUGUGGCCAGGCCAGCCACACCAUCCCAGCCCCGUGGGCAGGUCCCUGACCGGCUGGGGUCAGGCACACAGCAGCUGCUGGGGAUUAGUCCCUUAGGACCCCACUGAGGUCCCCAUGGGAUGGACAAAAUGUGCCCAAAGGCUCUGCAGGCCCCAGACACUGUCCCUGCCCCGUCACACAGGUGGUGGGCAGGACCCUCCGCACACGCUGCAGCACAGGGGGCUCGCUGUCCCUGCUGCCAUCUCACCCGCUUUCCCCAGGGAGCUCUCCAGGCAGCGCUGGCCCCCGGUUGGGGGGUCAGAAUGCAGAGGCAGGGCAGCCCCUGUGUCCAGGCCAUUGCAGAAACGGCCCAGAUGUCCCUCCUGUGCUUGCAAAUAGUACAUUUUUAAAUAAACUGUUUUGUAUCCAUGUU